UCCUGCCAUAGUUUUUCAAUGCCGGGCAAGAUGGCGGCCACACAGACGAGGUGUUAUUGCCAGUGGUCAUAAAGAGGGCAUUUUUAUUGACAAUUCCUAACCGAGUCAGACGUCACCUUGUGCUUGUUACACGCCUCGACGCCUUUCCGGGGGGGGACAUUUUUUUUUCCUCUUUAAAACACGUUUUCAGCCACCUCAACAUGUUCACGUUGUAGCUGGCGGAGAGCAGUCUACUCGCUAGCCGCAACCCCAAGCCGCCGUCAAGUGGAGAAUGGGAGAAAAGCUGGAGCUCAGGCUCAAAUCGCCGGUUGGAGCAGAAGCCGCUGGCUACCCUUGGCCAUUACCGGUUUACGAUAAACACCACGAUGCUGCCCAUGAAAUCAUCGAGACCAUCCGGUGGGUGUGCGAGGAGAUUCCAGACCUCAAGUUGGCAAUGGAGAACUAUGUGCUCAUCGACUACGACACCAAGAGUUAUGAGAGUAUGCAGAGACUGUGUGACAAAUACAACAGGGCCAUUGACAGCAUUCACCAGCUGUGGAAAGGGACCACCCAGCCCAUGAAGCUGAACAAGCGCCCUUCCAACGGGCUGCUGCGGCACAUCCUCCAGCAAGUGUACAACCACUCGGUUACCGACCCGGAGAAGCUGAACAACUACGAGCCCUUCUCACCUGAGGUGUACGGCGAGACCUCCUUCGACCUGGUGGCACAGAUCAUCGAUGAGAUGGAAAUGAUGGAAGACGACACCUUUGUGGACCUCGGCAGUGGUGUGGGUCAGGUAGUGCUGCAGGUUGCAGCAGCGACCAACUGCAAACACUACUACGGCGUCGAGAAAGCAGACAUUCCAGCAACCUAUGCAGAGACCAUGGACAAAGAGUUUAAAAAGUGGAUGAAAUGGUAUGGGAAGAAACACGGGGAGUACACUCUGGAAAGAGGAGAUUUUCUGUCUGAAGAAUGGAAAGAAAGGAUCGCCAACACAAGUAUUAUUUUUGUGAAUAAUUUUGCCUUUGGUCCAGAGGUAGAUCACCAGCUGAAGGAACGUUUUGCUAACAUGAAGGAAGGUGGAAAAAUUGUAUCCUCCAAACCAUUUGCACCUUUAAACUUUCGCAUAAACAGCCGAAACUUGAGUGAUAUAGGCACAAUAAUGCGUGUGGUAGAGCUCUCGCCACUGAGGGGCUCAGUGUCCUGGACUGGAAAGCCAGUCUCCUACUACCUGCACACCAUAGACCGCACCAUAGUGCUCCUUGCAAGAUUUCUGACAGGAGUGCAAAGAAUAAUCAGAAGAGUUGUCCAAGAGCCAAGGACUACCUGUGGAGAGCAUCAAAAAGACUUGGAAUUAGUAGGUACUGUUGUCACAAGGAAAACGCUUGAAAACUACUUUGCUAGUCUCAAAAAUCCUAAACUCAGGGAAGAGCAAGAGGCAGCUCGGCGACGUCAGCAGAAAGAUACAAAGGACAGCAAAAGCAAUAGCACCACGCCCACCAAACCUAAGGAACAAAACAAGCAGGACUCCUGUGGAGAGGAGGAAUGCCCCCCGUUGGUGACUGUGGUCAAGCCCCCCGCCAAGCCCCGUCAAACUAAGCUCUUGGCCAAGGGUCGGAAGCUGAACAACAGGAAGAGGGGUCGACCCAAGAAGGCGGCGCCGGCUGUCGACAAGAAGAAGAACCAGAGCGCGUUGGAUUUGCUGCACGCCAAGACCCUUUCAGCAGCACCCCCUCAGGAUGCAUACCUGCAACCACGGAGUCCCUUUUACCAACUACCUCCUAAGGUUCAGCACUAUCCAGCCAAUCAAAUGCUGCUGAGCCCAACCCCUCCUGGUCUGCAACAACUGCUAGAUAACAUCAAAGUUCAAUACCUCCAGUUUAUGGCCUACAUGAAGACUCCUCAGUAUCAAUCCAAUCUGCAGCAGAUUUUAGAGCAGGAGAAGCAAAAACACAUGGAUUUAUCCAUGCAGGCAGAGCAGCUCCAUUCUAUCUGUCUGUCUCACAAGGACAAAAUUAAAGGUCUCUUUCAGACCAAACUGGAUGAGCUGGGAGUGAAAGCUCUCACUGUGGAAGACCUGCUGCAGGCACAGAAGGAGAUAUCUGCCCACAACCAUCAGCUGAAAGAGCAGACCAAACAGCUUGAGAGAGACAUGGUUUUACUGAGAGAUCACAGUGUGCUGUUGCUGAAGUCUCGAUGUGAGGAGCUGAAGUUAGAUUGGGGCUCUUUGAGUCUGGAGAGUCUACUGAAGGAGAAGCUGGCCUUGCGGAGACAGAUCUCUGAGAAGCAGAGACACUGCUUGGAGUUACAGAUUAGCAUAGUAGAGCUGGAAAAAAGUCAAAGGCAGCAGGAGCUGCUUCAGCUCAAAUCUUACAGCCCUCAUGAGGGCUCCCCUUACCGAAAGAACCUAGAAUCCCGUUCCUCUGCUGACAUGGACCCCUCCAAGUUUGGCCUGUCCUCAGUCCCAGCUCUCAAUGGCAUAAGCCCGGAACGCUCCAUCAAUGGCACCCACUCGCCCUCUUUCGACCGUGUGAACACCAAGACGGAGCUUCUUUCACGCUAUCUGCCGAUCUCUCCUGACCACGACACUGGGACGGCUAUGCCUGAGGCUCGACAGAGGCAGCACAUCUCCCACACUCUUCCCGACUACACGCGCUUCUCCCCCGCCAAAAUUGCCUUGCGUAGGCACCUCAACCAGGAACCCACUGCCGCUGGCCACUUGAGAGGCCCUGGGCUGCCCACACACAGAGGCGAAAUGGGUGGGCUUUACUCACCUCUCGGAGCCAAGCAGAGCAGCCCAUCUCCUAAUGUAUUAGAUGCCCAGAAUACUCAGAAGAGCACUGAGAGGGGUAUAAAGGAGAAGAGUCCAUCUAUUCAGGCAGAUAGCAGUAUCACAAGCCUUCCAAUAAGUAUUCCACUGAGCACUGUUCACCCAAGCAAACUUCCAGUCAGCAUUCCACUGGCCAGCGUGGUCCUUCCCAGUCGGGCUGAGAGACUGAGAAAUACUCCCAGUCCUGUGUCUCAGGCCAGUCAAAUUAAUGGAUAUUCAUCUAGCUCAGGACUCAUGAAUGGAGGUCCCCAUCCAGAGGAACAAAAUGGUGCUUCUUCAUCACCUCCACACACAAACUCGCCUCUGGGGGGACCCAUGAGCAGAGGAGGUCCAAUCCAGAGCCCCCCACUCAGCACUGGAGGGGUUCUUCAUUAUGCAGACGGACCCCCAAGGAUUCUUCCAGAAGACUGCCAGGAACGUCAGGAGGCAGAGUCAGAGACAGAGCCCCAGGACAAUGAACUGCGGAGGAGAAUCUUUUUCUCCUCCUCCUCUUCCUCCUCUUCCUCAUCAGCAGGCAGCGUGGUCACAGGAUCGCGCCUUCACCAUCACGCCGGCAGCUCGACUAAGCAGGGAUAUCUCAGUAACCACGGGAACCACAACCACCAGUCACCCGGCACGCAGCGCGCUCACACGCCCCCCACGCACACGUCAUCCUCACAGUCCACACACGGCCUCGCUCCUCAAGAAGGACGUAAGCGGGGUAGGCGGAAGCGCGGCUCUACAGGAGCUGUCGCAGCCAGCGGCUCCCCAAAGAGGAGGUCGUUCCCCGGGAUCAAUGCUAACAACCACUCCUCCGGGUCCCCACUAAACAUUAAUUCCAUGGUGAACAACAUCAACCAGCCUUUGGAGAUCGCCGCCAUCUCCUCGCCGGAGCAGUCAAGCCGCAGCCCCGCUGCACCAGCCCUCGACCAACCUCCAGUUCUGAAGAGGGAGCGCCCCCUGGAAGUCAAUGGCACUGGUCGUUACUCCUCCGCCCCCAGCACUGAUGAUGAGGACUCGGGAUACCCAGCUGACAGCACCAGUUCAAGAAUUGAAAGAAAAAUUGCUACGAUAUCCUUGGAGAGCAGAGAUGGACCCGGUAGACUUGGAGAUAGUGAAAGAGGCCGGAAGUCAGGCAGCAGCAGUGGUAACAGCACAGGAAGUGAGGCCUCCUCCUCAUCAUCAUUGUCCUCUACAAGCAAAUGGAAGUCAACCUUUUCACCCAUUUCUGACCUCAAACAACCCAACUCUGACCAAAGACAAGGGGGCUCGCCGUUUGGAAUGGCAGGGUCAAACUCAGACACUGAUUACAAAAACCACCAACAGCCCAGGAAGGGGAGCGAUGGAGAGAUAUCCACCUACAUGAAUCCCAACCCUUUCCUGAGCCAAGAGGCUGGCAACCGCACCACUGGGAGUGGAGGAGGCCAGGCUGGCAGCGGUCCUGACUCCCGCCAGGUUCUACAAAAGCAGAAGGCCAUUCGUGAUUGGGAGCUGAAGACAAGCAGCAGCCAUUCCAGUCAGAAUCUCUUCAUAACUGCUGCUGCCAGCAGCGGUGCGGGCAUUCUGAGCGGAAAAGUCGGUGGCAGCCCUGUCACAGUUUCAACAGGAUCUUCAGUGGGUCAGUACCUGGGCUCUCAGUUCCCGCUCGGAGGGACUUCGGUCUUACAGUCGUUGUUCGGGGCCCAGACAGGAAGCUCCGGCGCGAGCGUGAACGCACGACUGGUCAACGGACACUCUGGCCUGGGCAGCUUCUCUAGCGCUGGGCUUGCAGGUGGAGCAGCAGGAGGUACCUUUCUCCACACUGUUCCCUCAGUAUCCUCCCAUCAGUUUGGGGUGGCGCUGCCCACCUCCGGAGGCCUCAGCUCUCUGCUCACUCUCUCCUCCCAACCUGCUUCCAUGAGACUAGCCUCCGCGGCCUCACCUCUACCUCCCUCCCUGUUGCAGGCCCAGCAUAGUCGCACCCAGUCAGUGCUACACAGCCCCUCCCCUCCCAUGCUCUCUUUGCCCCCUCCGCCGCCCCUGCACAGCGCCUCCAUCUCGGCAACCACGCCCGCCAACACCUCGCCGACACCCCACUCUUCCCGUCUCUCCCACUCCUCACUCCAUCACCACAGGGUGCAUUCGUCCCACGCCCUCACUGUCUCCUCCUCUUCUUCCUCUGUCGUUCUCGCUCACACCUCCAUGUCUCGUCCAUACACUGUGCACUACUCUCCACGCUUGCCACCUCCACCUCCUGCCACCAGCUCAGGUGGUGGCGGGAGCAUGCGGAGGACUCAGGGCAUGCAUGGCACCAACACCACCACUCCACUCCCUGGCUCCCGACCAAGAUAGGUUUUGGGGGGGAGGGUGGUGUAAGGGGCAAACUGAGAGAGAGAGAGAGAGAGAGAGAGAGAGAGGCUUGUCGGGAGUUGAUUGUUCUAAAUAAACAAGGUAAUUGCUGAAAACUACCUCAACAUCAAAUAAACUAUGCAAAUGUCAAGGUGUGGACCCAAGGCACUCUGCACCUCACUUACUGGUGCUUUAAUAUAGCUGUACUACCAGACCGCCUCCAAGACCGGCUUCUGUACUGGGGGACGCACGCGCACACACACAAACACACGCACACACAGACACUCAGUGCAGUGAUCACCAUGAGCAGAUUUCAAAGGAACCGGUUUCGAUGUCAAUUAUUGUUUCAUACAUUUUUCGAAGACAUUAAGAAAUUAAUUUCCACCUCCAUGACUUAAUGCAACAAGCACACGACUUCCUGUCUCGGAGGAGCCACUUCCUGUUUGACCCAUUCAUUGAUUUCUGCUCAGACGUCACGCUUUUUUUUUUUUCUUACAUCUGACAUAUGAAACAGGAUGAGGAAAUUCAUGUUUUGAUUAAGUUCACACUGGAUAACAACAUAGUUACGUUUUGUAGCAUUAUGGUUUUGUCUAAUUAGCACCCACCGAUCUUUUCAUUCGAAAGUAACAAAGAAAAAGGUUUUUGUGGAACUAAUCCGUCUGCUUUAUGCUCACAGAGCUCUAGUUUCCUAGCUAACUGGAUCAAAGCACUUCUGUCAUCACACUAACAUAUCAGUGGAGGUUACUGACGUACUGUAUGCCAUCAUACAUUAAAAAGUGUUUACUCCAAUUUUUUUCAGCCGAGUUUAGAAAUGUUAAAGGUGUGAACAUGACUUACUAUUCUGCUAUUAAAUGGUGCUCUGUGUUCGUUUGCUCUGGCACUGCUGUCGAGUUAAGUGAAGCUAAAUCCAGGUAGAUAUCAAUAAUAAUAAUGACAGAAAGAAAAAAAGAGACUGCGUGUGUUUCUGUAUUUAUUAUUCAUGUUUUUCCAAGUGGCACUACUUUGAGCCCCCCUCAAAGCAGGAUGUUUUUUAACCUCUUCUUAAGCUAAACUUUUUAUAUUUAUUUGAGCUGCUGGGCACCAUGGGUGUAUACCGAGGUUUUACAACUCUAAAAAGCGUUAAACAUACACACACACACAAACCAUCACACACUGGGAAAAUCUUUUUACCAUUCACCACAACAAACUACUGGACUAGUUCACACAUUUUUGUGUUGUCGUUUUUGUCUUUGUACUGUGAAUAUGAUUCAUUCUCUUGACUGUACAGUUGUUACAUUUAUAUAUUUAUGUCCCCGUAUUUGCCUUUUUUUUUUUUCCUUUUUUUUUUUUUUUUUUUUUUUUUUAAAUCCUGAAAUGUUGUACAAUGCAAUAUACGUGACUCGCUGUCAGAAAACAAUGGUGCUAAAUUUGGACCGUGCCUGAUUUUAUUUAUUCUUGUAGUGAACAAACAUCCAAAAAAGAAAGGCGACACAUUGUGCUGUACACAGGGACGUUUUUUUUUUUUUAACUCCCCCCUUUUUGGCCUUUAAUUUCUUCUAUUUAAUAUUGUAUUGGAGUGUACAACACUUUUGGAUAAACAACAUUCAGUGGAAGAAAAAAAAAAGUUUUGUACAAAAGCGCCAAUGCAAAGCUAUAUUUAAUAUGUAAUUAUGUAUGUCUAAAUAUAUAUAUGAGAGAGGGGAAAAAAAAUCUAUCGGUGCUGCAUUGUGACUCCCACAUUCAGUCUUCAGGCACCACAUGACCUUAAACAUGGCGGCACACGCAGCUACAACGUGCCGAGGUGCUGUGGCGGAGAGAACAUGACAUAGAUGUUUUCCUGUCGUUUUUAUGUUUUCAUUUUCUCACACUCUGCAGGAAGAAAAAAACAGACAUAAGGUGCUUCUGUUUUAAACAUGAAAUUAAACAAUUGAUGGUGCAAACAAAGCGACGUCUUAUGGAUGAGGUCCUUCUUUGUUAUUUGAGGAAUUUGUGGGUAUCGAAAUAGCCGCACUGAUGUAAAACACGUUUGUGAGUCUGUAUGUGACUCCUGUUUGAACACAAUUGCUGAUUGUAGGGGUGGAGAACCUUUGGUCUGUGGGCCAGAUCCGGAUGAAAUUCUAAGAAUAAAGAAAAUUUCAGAGGAACUAAUUGAAAAAGCCUAAAAACAUGCGACACAUGAGUGCAUAUACAGUCCCCUCCAAAAGUAUUGGAACGGCAAGGUCAAUUCCUUUGUUUUUGUUGUAUACUGGAGACAUUUGGGUUUCAGAUCAAAAGAUGAAUAUGAUGAGACAAAAGUUCAGAAUUCAUCUAGAUGUGUUAAACAACUCAGGACAGAGCACCUUUUGUUUGAAGCCACCCACUUUGCAAGUGAGCAAACGUAUUGGAACAGACAAGAUUAAAUUAACUUAAAGUGAAUAACAUUUAAUAUUUGGUGGCAUAACCCUUAUUUGGAAUAACCGCAUCAAGCCUGAGACCCAUUGACUUCACCAGACUUGCAUUCUUCAUUUGGAAUGCUUUUCCAGGCCUUACUCCAGCCUCUUUCAGUUCUGGUUUGUUUCUGGGGGUUUCUCCCUUCAGUCUCCUCUUCAGGAGGUAAAAUGCAUGCUUUGUUGGGUUAAAGUCCAGUGAUUGACUUGGCCAGUCUAAGACCAUCCACUUUUUCCCCUGAUGAAGUCCUUUGUUGUGUUGGCAGUACGUUUUGGGUCAUUUUCUUGUUGCAUGAUGACUCUUCUCCCUAUUAGUUUGGAUGCAUUUUCCUGUAAAUUGCCAGAUAAAAUUGUUUGUAGACUUCAGAAUUCAUUCUGCUACUACCAUCAGGAGUUACAUCAUCAAUAAAGACUAGUGAGCCCGUUUCAGAAGCAGCCAUGCAAGCCCAAGCCAUGACAUUACCUCCACCAUGCUUCACAGAUGAGCUUGUGUGUUUUGGAUCAUAAGCGGAUCCUUUCUUUUUCCAUACUUUGGCCAUUCCAUCGCUUUGGUAAAGGUUAAUCUUGGUCUCAUCACUCCAGGAAACCUUUGUGGCUCAUCUCUGUACUUUCUUGCAAAAUCCUAUCUGGCCUUCUGAUUCUUUUUGGUGAUCAAUGGUUUGCAUCUUGUGGUAUGGCCUGUAUAUUUCUUCUCUUGAAGUCUUCUUCGAACAAUGGCUUGUGAUACCUUCACCUGUGCCCUGUGGAGGUUGGCAGUGAUGUCACUGACUGUUGUCUUUGGGUGUUUCUUCACAGCUCUCACAAUGUUUCUGUCAUCAACUGCUGUUGAUACCCUUGGCCGACCUGUUCGAUGUCUGUUGCGCAGUACACCGGUAGUUUUUCUUUUUCAGGACAUUCCAAAUUGUUAUAUUGGCUAUGCCCACUGUUUGUGCAAUAGCUCUGAUCAAUGUUCCCUCUUCUCUCAGCUUCAAAAUGGUAUGCUUAUCUCCCAUAGACAGCUUUCUGGUCUUCAUGUUUGUUCAAUCAAUCUAAAAGGCAACACCUUAGCAACUAGAAACACCCAUCAGUUACAUGUUCCAAUACUUUUGAUCACUUGAAAAGUGGGUGGCUUCAAACAAAGGGUGCUAUGUCCUGAGUUGUUUAACACAUCUAGAUAUAAAUGCCAUGAAAUAAAAGCUGGAAUUCUGAACCUUUGGCUCAUAUUCAUAUUUUGAUUUGUAUACAACAAAAACUCAAAUAAAAACUACCAGUACUUUUGGAGGGGACUGUAAUACAUUACUCACAAAAAUGGCGGGAUGUCGGUCUUUCAGUUGAAAUUUCAAGAUGUUAGCCACAGCUGCUGCGUUUGUAUCAUUACCUAUUCGUAAAGCGUUACUAGUGUUAUCGUUUUGAAGUUUUAUAUUUUGAAAGGUACAUAUACAAUUAACUAAAAAUAAAAGAUUUGAUAAACUUACCUGUCGAGCAGAAAUGUUAAUUUAAUGUACGUUCUGAAUCCUUUCGGCUGCCUGUGGCACCUCCGCCUCUGUUAGGCAGCUCCUAUAUGUUCACCCUUGUUUUGUCAUGGGAUCAGUCCAGUUUUACACCCUAGUUUCAGCAAAGGUCCUCAGGUCCAACUUAGCAGGAAACAGCACGAGGCCGCGGGGGUUUGUUUGCCUGUGAGUGCACAAGAAAAAUUGUCAGUCACGCCCCCUGACUUUGGUUGAUUGUUUUUCCUCUCCGAUGCUGUAGUUUCUUAAAAAUAAAACUAGAAGUACAAAAUGGG